UUUAUCAACAUUUUCGUUUUCUUAUCUAAUUUAUCUAUUCAUUCAACUUGUUUGUCUCAAUGUUAAUAGAUUACAAUAUUUAAAAUAUUUUAAUUUUGUCUAAAAAAUGUUUUCAAGUGAUCAAGAUAUAGCUAAACAGCAUUGCAGUUCUGUACUGAAGCGAAAAUAUCGAAAUCAGUUAUUAGCUGCUAUAUCAGUUCAAAUUUUAACAUUUUCUCAUGGCAUCACAAUUGGCUGGACCUCACCGACACUGCUUAAGUUGCAGUCGGACGAUUCACCCACUGAUUUCGUAGUAUCAGUAGAGCAGGCUUCCUGGAUUGGUUCACUAUUCGGUUUGGGCGCAUUAGUAGGCAAUUUAUUUGGUUUCAUUUUAAAUCGCAUAGGACGAAAAUGGUGUUUGUAUUUAAUGGCGUUGCCCUAUAUAAUGGCCUGGAUUUUAAUAUUUUUCUCGAAAACUUAUAUAUAUCUCUAUGUGGCUAGAUUUCUUUUGGGCAUAAUUGAUGGUGGACUCUUUCUGGUGAUACCCAUUUUCAUUAGUGAAAUUGCUGAUACAAGUUUGCGUGGUACUCUAUCAUCAUUGUUAAUGUUAUUCUUUAGUUUUGGCAUUAUGACGGGCUAUGUGCUUUCAUCGCAUCUGGAUUAUUAUCUAAAUUCUUGCAUCAUAAUUACCUUUCCCAUUUUGUAUUUAGUGGCCUUAACAAAAUUUCCCGAAACCCCACAAUUUCUAUUAAGAAAACAACAAGAAGAUAAAGCUCUUGAAGCUUUUAAAUUUUAUAAAAAUACAAAAAUGCCCAAGAAUAUUAAGGCGAACGAGAGCGAGCAAAAAGUACUCAAUACAGAUGGCGAAUUUCAGGAACUCAAGCUAAAUAUGUUAUCAAGUAAUAUCCAAGAAAAAUUAUCAUUUAAGGAUUUUUUCAAUUGUACUGCCUUAAAAUCAUUUUUUACCGCUUUUAUGUUGCUGGCCCUAAGUCAAUUUUCUGGCAGUUUGGCUUUUCUCUUCUAUAUGUCGGAUAUAUUUGCUCAUGCUGGUACCGAUAUUCAUCCCAAUACCUGCACCAUACUUGUUGGUAUAGCACAAAUUUUGGGAGCUUCUUUCACCGUUAUAUUAGUAGAUCGUUUUGGUCGUAAACCCUUAAUGUUGGUAUCAUCGAACGGUAUGGCUUUGGGCCUGUUUUGUUUCGGUUUCUAUAUACAAUUUACCUCUGCUGAAUUGAAGCUACAUUAUAAUUGGUUUCCUAUUGUUAUCAUGACGUUUAUAAUUUUAAUAGUCAAUGUUGCGGUAACUGGUCUAUUAUUGGUGGAAAUUUUCCCCGCUAAGAUACGUGCCCCUGCCGCCACUGUGUGUUCGUUUAUAUCUAGCUUAUUGAUUUUUACAGUCUUGAAAAUAUUUCCUCUUAUCCUGCAAAAUUAUGGUCUUGCCACCCUGUUAUACUGCUGUGGCAGUGUUUCGGUUAUUGGUGGAUUGUAUGUCUUAUUGUUUUUAAAAGAAACUAAAGGAAAAUCCAUGGAUAAGUGAAAAAAGCUGAAGAUUUUGUAAACAAAUUUCUUUGAAAAAUAAAAAAUAGAUCCACACUUU